GACUAGCGUCAUAGAUUAAAUAUAGGGCUGAGAAAAGGAAUGGCGCUAGUCCUGAUUGGGACGCCACCAACCACCUGGAUUUCCAGAGAAGCGGCUCUGUACUCUAUCCAGUCAUCAUCAUCUAUUAGCUUUACACCUGUUUAUCUCGAAUUCAUUUGUCCAUUUGGGCACCAAGGCAUCUUCUUACUGUGCCUUCUUGAAGCUACGAUUAUGUGUUUUGCCACAGCCAAUGACGACACAUAAAGUAGCAAAAACGACUCCCUUCAAUCCUUUUCAACUUGAUGAACGUUGCCCUGCCUGAAUACCACGCAAGCAUUAUACCAAGUCUACAAAGAACUGUUUAUAUCUGAGCUAAAUAAAUAUAAACAGUAUCUUCGUGUUAAAAAAAGGGGCCAUUUGUUAUUAUACCUCUUUGUUCUGGAAGCUAGUAGUAUUAGUAUUCGCUUGUCUUGUGGGUGUUCGGCAAUCCAGUGGAAAUCUGCGUACAUCAGGGACAUAUACCAAUCUCUACCUAGGUACCUAAUUUAUCAUUUCCUUUGUAUAAAAGCUUGUCCUGUUUGUGUUUACUCGCAGUUUCUUUGUUUUGUCCUCUUGCUCUGUCUUCCUGUCCUGUCCUUCAUAUUGGUAGUUGCCCAGGUGACUCGCUGGCUGAAAAUAUAAAGAAGCCUUCUUGAGCUUUCCAUCGUCUCAUUUUCCAUAUUUUUGUCAACGUCUUCUUGCUUUGUGGUUGUACUAUUGGCUCUUCGCAAACGUUCCCUGAACCGUCUGCUAUCCUGACUGGCACAAUAUUCUCUAUUCUGAUAAUCGUCAUCUCUCCUGAUCAAAUCUCCUUGCAGCGAUGUUUCUACGCUCUGUUAUUCCUCGAAUUCGCAGGCUGAGCUCAAGUAAGUCGUUUUUGUUGUUGCAUGCAAGGCCUCCAUGUAUUUAUAUGCCUCUCAUUUCUUCGCGGGUGAGCCAUGGUUUGAGUGUAACUGCAGGAACACGUUGUCUCCGGUUUUACACUCCUGGUAAUACCAAAGUGAUGGAUAUGUCGACGGACGAUGAAUUCCUGAGCCAGGAGCAGCGAGACCAAUUGUUUCGUGGAAUAUUUCCUGCUGACUAUUCUGGCGAAGUGAUCUCGAUUAAGACUAACAGGGCAGAAUACAGCAGACUAUUUGAAGCUUUUGAAAAGUCAACAAACAAGAGGAGUCAAUCAGCUAUUCUGAAAUUUGAUAAAACAUUUCACACCACUUCUAUCCAGCUACGACAGGUCUCCAUCCACAACUGUGUUAUCAGCAAUGUUUCAGCUCAGCUACGAAAACUCAUGCCACUGGACCCAAAACGAUUCUCCUUUAUGGAGGAUACGGAAACUGAUGACGGCCUACCUGACCCUGACCUACAGAUGGUGUGGCUCUCAAAUAUUGGUGUUAUCCCAGUUCUUGCAAUGGAAGUAGGGUUUUCACAACCCAGCCUAGACCUGGAGAUGACGAUCAGAAAUCUUCUGCAAAAAACUUCCGUAAAGGUUGGAAUUUUAGUCGACAUCAAAGAAAGCCCAAGUUAUAAGAAUCCACUGAGGAAGGAACAGAAUAUUGAGAUAUGCAAAGCUGCGAUGCAAGCGAGCACUGAUAAACCUGAGCUACUUAUUGAUCAAUACUGUGCCGGACGAGAAUUGUUCAGCCCUGUGGUUCUAUACGGAAUUCAAUGGGUAGGAGAACUGACUGCUGCAGUCCAAGUGUUUGGGAAGGACUCUGUGACUGGGGAAGUAGUUGCAAGGACCCCGCGAGUGACAUUUUUCGGACAUCCCAAGCCUGCAAAGGGAAUCAAGCAGUCAGGGGCACCCCUCUACGAAGCGUACCCCAGCCUCAAUACCAAAUUCUCAGACUGCGUGGACUCAGACGAUGAAGCUUACAAUGUCGACUUAGCUCUAACGUGGGAUGACAUCCGAGAUGAUCUCUAUAUAGCGAAACGCAUGCUAGCUCGGAAAAGAUGCUUCGCCGCCGUUUCCCGACUGAAAAAAGAAGGAAAAAUUUGA